AAGAAUGUUUGAUUUAGGACAAAACUAGAAUGUCAUAUAAUUUGAAACUUGUUAGAUGUGUAUACCCCUUUUCGGUUAAUCCCCAUUGUAUAAGGGGUCUCUUACACUUUACCACACACUUGUAUAUGUAUUGGCCCUUGGCCCUUCUGAUAAUACAGUUGCUAUUCAUCCAACAUGGUAUCAAAUGUUAUGUUCCCCUCUCCCCCGCACGCUGCAACUCCGUGCUAGCUCCUCCCCGAUCUUGCCCUCCGGCUGCCGCUGCUCUCUCUCGUCGUGGAGCCUGUCGCCCUUGGCCCGUCUCCUGCCCGGCUCGCCCUAGGCUUCCCCUGGCUUCCCCGUCUCGUCUGCUGCCAGGAUCGGCCCGGUCGCCGGUGUUUCCUAACCGGCCGGCCGCCCCUGCACCAAGCUGAGCUCGGUCCCGGUCACCGCGGAUCCGGCAGUCUUCGCCGCGGAUCGGGCCUCCCCGACCCCCACCAACCCCGUCCUGUCCGCUGCUCCCUGCGGGCUGGUCGCCGCCGCAUGGUUCCUUCGCUCCAGCCGGGGCCAGCCCGUCCCGCGCCCGUAUCCUGCUCGGCCGGGUGCUCCUGCCUCGCUCGCUCUGGCUGGGCCUUGGGCCUUGUUCCCUGUCGCUCGUACGUGAGGGCUCGCGCUUCUGCCGCUUCCUCGAUCCAGAUCAAAUCUUGAGCAGUUGACUCCAAACAAAAACAGCAAGUUUGCCAUGUCCUCUUUGGGCUAUGUUGCUGUUCCUCUUUGUUCGGUGAUCUUCGAUGGCACCAACUAUGCUGAGUUUGUGGGCUUCAUGCGCAUUCAUAUGCGUGGCCUUUUUCUGUGGGGUGUUCUCUCUGGCAAGGUCCCUUGUCCGCCAUGCCCGGUUGCGCCAGUGGCCCCAAUCCCACCAGUGCAGCCGGUCCUUGUUGCUGAUGCUUCUCAGGCUGACCGGGAUGCUGCCAAGGCUCUGGAUGAUGUUGCGGUUGAUGCUUAUGAUCAGCAGGUAUCUUCUUAUUCCGAUGCUCUCUCUGUGUACCGAGAUGAUCUGUCUGCUUACACUCAGUGGUGCAAUGAUGAUGCUCGAGCUGCUGUUGUUCUCACUGUGAGUGUUCUCCCUCAAUUUGCCUCCGAGUUCAUGGGACUUGGCACAGUUGCAGCGAUGUGGUCUUAUCUUUGUCAGCGCUAUCAGCCCUCUGGUGAUGCUCUCUAUCUCUCUGUGGUGCGUCAGGAGCAUGCCCUUCAGCAAGGUGAUUCCUCUGUUGAUGAGUUCUAUACACAGUGCUCUGCCAUCUGGCGUCAGCUUGACUCUCUUCAGACAAUUGUUUGCGGCACCUGUCGUUGCUGUCAGACUACUCGGUCUGAUCUGGAGUUUCAGCGGGUCCAUGAGUUCUUAUCUCGUCUCCGCUCUGAGUUUGAGCCCAGACGUGCUCACUUACUUGCUCGUGGUCGUGUUCCAAUCUCGGAGGUGCUUGCUGAGCUUCGUGCUGAGGAGACCCGCCUUCGCUGUGCUGGUUUGCUGGUGGUCCCGUCUGUGUUGGCUGUUCGGGCUCCUGUGUCGUCUGCUCGGCUCACCGCUCCACCGCUCCUCCCCACACCUUCAGGGGGUGAGUCGCCCUGCUUAUUCUGAGCAGGCCCGGUCGCGCCGUGACACCUUCUGUGGCUACUGCUCUUGGCCCGGUCACCCAGAGUCUGAUUGCCGUGAGAAGAAGCGAGACCAGCGGCGCUCCUCUUUCAGUGGGACUCCUGUGUCUUCCUCGACUCCGUCACUCACUGACCAGGACAUUGUUCGCCUCAAGCGUCUUCUUGCUUCCUCGGGCUCCUCAUCGACUGGCCCCGCUGCUGCUGUGACUGUAUCCCCCUCCUCACCAUCACCGGUAUCUACACAGCCAGGAUCGUCGCACCAAGGCUUUGGUUGGUGCUGGCCCUCGGCGCCGUGAGUCAGAGAGCCUUUGGGAGGUUGACUGGUUUUGUGUUCCUUUCGCUGCCAUCACUUUUGCCAGCUCUCAUGCUCUUGCUGCCUCUUCGUCUGCGUCCUUCCAGCAGUGGCAUUAUCGCCUUGGUCACAUCUGUGGCUCUCGCUUGUCUUAUUUAGUUCGUCAGGGCCUCUUAGGGUCUGUAUCUAGAGAUGUGUCCUUACAUUGUAAUGGUUGCAGACUUGGCAAACAGACUCAGUUACCUUAUCCUACUAGUGAGUCAGUAUCUCAGCAUCCGUUUGACUUAGUUCAUUCUGAUGUCUGGGGUCUUGCUCCCUUUGAUUCAAAAGGUGUUCAUCGCUACUAUGUUUUGUUUAUUGAUGAUUUCUCUCGGUACACUUGGCUCUACUUCAUGAAAUCUCGUAGCGAUGUUCUCUCUAUAUACAAACGUUUUGCUGCCAUGGUUCACACUCAGUUUGCCACGUCCAUUCGUACUUUUCGUGCUGACUCCGCUGGGGAGUAUAUCUCUCAGCUGUUGCGUGGCUUUCUAGCAGAAUAGGGUACCCUUGCUCAGUUCUCAUGUCCUGGGGCUCAUGCUCAGAAUGGCGUUGCCGAACGCAAGCAUCAUCAUUUGCUUGAGACGACUCAUGCGCUCAUGAUUGCUGCUUCCCUUCCACCCCAUUUUUGGGCGAGACUGUUUCAGCAUCCGCCUAUCUCAACAACAUUCAGCCAUCGACUGCUCUUCAGGGUGGUAUUCCUAUGGAGUGUCUCACUGGUCGCUCUCCUGACUACUCAGCUCUUCGUAUGUUUGGAUGUG